AGCUGGCUCAGGACAGCCACGGACACUGAAAGCUGAGCAGAAGUGAACAAACUGCGGAGCUGCUGCAGCCGGUGAGGCGGGGCGAGGUCUGUCGACACUACUUUUUUCCUCCGGUCGAUGCGUCUCAGACAUUCUCGCCAACAUGCCUCAAGCAUGACAGCAAACUGGUUUAGCUGGGUGACAGGGGAAAAGGCAGUGUAAGAGUAAACUUUCGGCAGGUCACACCUGGACUUGGAAGCUCGGUACAGCUGUGAACAACAACACGGUGAAGAAAGCAAGAUGACUGCUGUGAAGUUUAACCGACGGAGAGCUUGACGGGUACACCAAUGAGACCACAGUAUGGCGCGUCGCUCUCAGUGUUCCUCUGCUGGGGAUAACCCCCUGGACCCCAACUACCUCCCUCCUCACUACCGGGAAGAGUACCGCUUGGCCAUUGACGCUCUGGUUGAGGGGGAUUUGGAGGGGUACUAUGAGUUCCUCCAAAAGGCGGAUGUGGUGGACUUUCUGUCCACACCUGAGAUUCAGCACAUUAUGGGCUCCGUUCAGGGUCCCCAGCUGAUCGGACACCCUGAACAGCUUUUUCUGGAAAGCGGGGGAGAUGGAUCCUCAGACACUUACUGGCCGAUUCACAGCGACCAGGACGUCCCAGAUUUGGACCUCGGGUGGCCCCACUUGCAACUCUUCAGUGUGCCCACAGAGGUUACCACUCUGGUCAACCCCCCUGAGCCAGACAUGCCAAGUAUCAAGGAGCAGGCCCGGCGACUCAUCAAAAACGCUCAACAGGUCAUUGCCAUAGCGAUGGAUAUGUUUACCGAUGUUGACAUUUUUGCGGAUGUCCUUAACGCUGCCAUGAGAAACGUUGCUGUCUACAUCCUUCUAGACGAGUUGAAUGCACAUCACUUUGUGAGCAUGGUAUCCAACUGCAGAGUAAACCUGCAGAGCAUUCAGUUUUUACGAGUGAGAACAGUGUCUGGCAGCUCGUACAAGUGUCGCUCAGGCAAAUCCUUCAAAGGUCAGAUGAUGGAUCGUUUCUUGUUGACUGACUGCAGGGCUGUGCUGAGUGGAAAUUACAGCUUCAUGUGGUCUUUUGAGAAACUACACCGCUGCAUGGCGCACCUGUUCUUCGGACAGCUCGUGACUACCUUUGAUGAAGAGUUUCGGAUCCUGUAUGCUCAUUCCCAGCCGCUGAUUGUUGAAGAUGUGGUUCCUCCAGUGGAAGACAUAAAUCCAUUACAAAAGAGGGAAUACACCAGUGACAGGCUAUCACUGUACAGGGAGCCUAUGAGAACUCUGCCAGCAGCUGAUUCUAGUCAACCAGAUGAAUGGGCCAGACAGUCCUGUGAUGAACGAAUGGAUGACGAUUGGAGAAGGAUGCCCUUCAACACUAAGGAACCCCUGCGUGGACCCGCAGAUUUGUACAAUAGGUUUCCUUCCCAGCAACCACACAUGGACCCAUCAUUUGAUCAGGGACGUGUCAGGAUUCCACCGAUGGAAAAUCGACCCUUUAAACAUCCUGGCUUUGCUGAAGGUGUUCAAGGAAGAUAUCCUUAUCCAUUCCUGCAAACUCAGGGAAUACCAGAACCUGAGUCCCAGGGUAGGCAUUUUUACAGGGGCCAGCAGCCUUAUCUAGGACCAGCACCAGGACCAGAAGCAGAUUACAGCUAUGACAAGUUCUGGAGCCAAGGUUAUCUUUCAAGAGAUCAAUACUCUGAAUCUGCUUUACCACAACAGAUGCAGCCCCCUGAUUUUGACCCUGUUUUUAACUACUUGUCAUCUACCAAAGACUAUGAUCAAAGCUCAGAGAAAAUGCUUCCUGCAGCAGAUUUUAGUUCGUCUCAACCUAGAAGACUAAGUUUAGGCCAUCCAUAUACGUGCCAAACCUCUCCCACGCCCUCCAGCCACACUGAUCAGAGGCAGUUACUUCAGGAGUCUAACAGUGACCGCAAGGAUCCCAUGGUUAAAAAGGGUCUGAGAAACUGGAGGAUUAACUCAUACCUUAGUGCAUAUGAUAAUUCAGGAGAUGAAGGCCUGCCAGUGGAACCACCUCAGGCCCCAGAUCCUUUUGAAGAGCCCCGUAACACCAUGCAGAAAACAGCACCAGGGGUUGAUUUGUCACUUCCUAAAAUCCCAAAUGUCAGAGAGUUCAAAAUUCCUGUUAUAUCCAGGGUGAGUCAGAUACCAAAUUAUGCCAAAACAACAACCAGAGGUAAAGAGCCUAAGGAAUUGAUGAAUUGUUCAUCGGGCAAAACCUUAGAGCCAAAGGUAUUGCCCCAUGAACCUCCUGCAGUGGCAGAAGAAACCAAAACAACACCAUCAGAGUCACAAACCACAAACAAGGAGGAAAAGAGGACAGAGGAGGGAGAACAAAAUGAGCCAAAGACUUCUGUUCUUCUGCGGUCCGAUUCUUUCCGAAGGAAACUAAAUGCUAGUGGAAUGAACAGGUGCUCCAGGUUAAGGUCCUCUCUGAUAUUCAGCUCUCUGGAUCAGCCAGCUCCUCAGGAUAGUCAAACUACCCCUCCUGAGCAAAAGGACGGAGACACUGAAGACAGUGACAAAACUGAAUCUGAAAAGAUAAAACUACCCUUUGUUUCUCAAGUUCUGGGACAAAGGAGAACUGCUGCUAGAGAACCUUACGAAUGGACUCGGUACCUAAAGACAUCCACAGAAACAAAACCAGACAAGGAAAGCACUAAAGGAGAUGAUAAAAAUUCAUCAAAGCAAGAAGAUUCAAAAGACGUUUCAGAAAAGCUUGAGCAAACAGAGUCAGCAAAAGUACCCCAUGUAGAGCAGCCUAAUCUUUCGCCAUCCAUGCCUCGAUCCAAGCUUUCUGAAGCUGAGCAACCCAAAAUCAAUCAGCCGGUACAACCAUCUAAACCUUUAGCCACCCUUCUACCAUACGCAGAUAUGAAUGAUCCUGAUGUAAGAUUAAUGUUUUUCAAAGAGCUGGCAGCAAAACGCAAAGCUGAAGCAGCCACAAAAGCUGCAAAGGGCAAAGGAAAAGACCCGGUGAAACCAGAAACUGAACUAAAAGUCAACAGUGGUGUCAAAAAGGAGGGACCUGAACCAAGAGAAUCCUCAGAAGACAGGGCUUCCAAAACUGAGGGGGAAAAGAGUGCUACUGCAGACGGUCAGUCAAGUCAGUCAGCUAGUGUGUCUUUUGAAUCCAGUGAAAACAUUAACCAGCAGGACAGUCAGAUCGAAAAUCACUCCAAUACCUCCCAGAGCUCUAAAGAACAAAAUAAAGUAGCAGAAGAUUUAGGCACAACAAAACUGGACAACAGUCAGUCAGCAGAUCUUCUUCCUGCUUCCUCAGAGUUACCUCUGAACAAAUCACCACAAGAACCCAUGCUGUCAGAUCCUGCUGAUGACGAGAGCAGCCCCAGUCAUCCACCCACAAAUCCUGCUCCCACUAAUGUUUCUUCACUUACACAAAGUACUGAUAAAAAGGAAAGCCCAAGCCCAGAUUCUACCUCAAAGGGGUCUAAAUCAGUCUGUGCCAAUUCUGAUGAAGGACUUUCUGCGUUGGCUUCUCACACUCAUAAUCCUGAAUUGACUCAGUUAGCAACCAGCAUCUCCCCUCCUGCAGUAAAAUCAACAGUUGACGCCUCUGACCCAUCAAUGCAGAGAUCCUCCUCUGAGAAUAAUCUGCUAGAUUAUGGUUCACAGAAAAGUCCAGUUUCUUUAUCGUCCAGUACGCCUUCUCUUUCUACCACUGAAGAGAACAGACUUUCAGAAGAUUCCAGUUCACACCCUGCUUCUGGCAUAUUAGCUUCAAAUGAUGAUAAAACAGAGGCACAUGACUCUAUGAGCUCCUCGCCAAAGGGGUUAGCAGAAGAUUCUAAAUCUAAAGAUACGAGUAACCAAACUCCUCUAGAUUCCUCUUCCAAGUUGCCGUCAUCCCAGACUCCUUCAGCAACUGACUCUGUACAUAUGGAAUCUGGUGUUUCUCCUGAGGUGUUUGUUAGUGGUGCUGAGCCAAGCUCAUCCUCGUUACAGUCCACCACAAGCAUUUCUGGUGCUACAACUUCCACAGAAAGGUCAGAAAAAGAUAUUUCUGAAUCAGCGAAAGCCAAUUGUAAAAGAGAAAAAGAUUCUUCUGUAGCAGAGAAGAGCAUGACUGAAUCAAAAACACGGGUUUCUGAACCAGAAAAAGAUGCCUCUGAAACAGAAAUAGGCAUGCCUGAAUCAGACAAACGUGUAUCUGAAUUAGAGAAAGUCGUGUUUGAUACAGCUAUUUCUGAAACAGAAAAGGCCAUUUCUGCGACAUCAGACCCAGGAAAGGGUACUUUGGAAUCAGAGAAAAGUGUUUCUGAAUCAGAAAAAGACCUUAUUAAAACAUCAAAAUCAGAAAAUUAUAUUUCUGAAUCAGAAAAGAACCUUUCUCAAGGAGAAAAGUGUGUUUCUGAACCAGAAAAAUCUGAGGGAGCUCUAUCUGAAACAGAAAAUGCCAUUUCUGAAAAACAAGAAUCAGUAAAAGAUAUUUUUGACUCUGAAAAGAGCAUUUCUGAACCAGAAAAACAUAUCUCUGAAUUGGAAAUAGGCAUGUCUGAAUCAGAGACAGCUGUUUUUGAAACAGAAAAGGCCAUUUCUGAGACAUCAGACCCAGAAAGGGGUACUUUAGAAUCAGAGAAAGGUGUUUCUGAAUCACAAAAAUCCAUUUCUGAAGCAUCAAAAUCAGAAAACGAUAUUUGUGAACUAGAAACACGCCUUUCUCAAGUAGAAAGACGUGUUUCGGGGUCAGAAAACAUUGUUUCUGAACCAGAAAAGUCAGAGAGAGAUGUUUCUGAAUCAGAGAUAGGUGUAUCUGAAACAGAAAAGGCCAUUUCUGAAAAACCCGAAUCAGAAAAGGAUAUUUUUGAAUCUGAAAAGACUGUUUCUGAAUCAGAGGAAGGUGUUACUGAGACAGAAAUAGAAGUUUCUGAAUCAGAAAUUUGCUCAGUUCAAAAGGCUGUUGCAGAGGAUUCUGUGGUUCCUGAAUCUUCACAACAUGUCAAAGGUGAUAUCAUACCUAGUAGCCCUUCUCCACCUGAGCCAGGUGUACCUGAGAUAAAAGAGCCCACUAUUACUGUACCCACACCCACGGACACUCCAGCCGAGCACUUGCCAUCAGAAGCAAGCUCCACUGUCAUUACAGACUCUACUCUUAAUGCUUCGCAGUCAGAAACAACUGCAUCUCCUCAAGACGCACAGAUACAAGCAACCCCUCCCUCUGACCUCAACUUUACAGGAGCUGAGGCACCAACCCCUGCUGAAACAGGAUCACGUUCCUCUCCUUUGUCUGAGUCAGUUGAAUUCGUUUUGCCCCCUGAAGCUAAAAAAGCAGAAACCAACAUGUCUGCAUUGCACACUCUCACUGAUACAAAUUCCCUUUCCAACCAGACUCCAUCAGAAUCGGAUAAAGCCCCCAAAACUCCCUCUAGCACAAAUGAGCCUACCUCAGAGCCACCUGUGCCUGCUGAAAAUAGUAAAACAGAGCCUGAGCAACUGGACACAGGCGGGAGAAACUCAGAUCAUACCCAGGGUACAAAGGAAAGCAGUGCCAAAGAGUCUGUCGCCAGAACAAAUGACCAAAUACAGCAAAGUAACUUUUCUGAAUCAGCAGAGAUCACAUCCAAGCAGCCCAAAUCGAGCCAGUCUCGCUACCACUCAUCCACAGCCAACGUGCUCUCGAGCAGCAACCUCAGAGACGAUACCAAGCUGCUCCUGGAGCAGAUUUCCGCUAAUAGCCAAAGCAGGAAUGAGGCUACCAAAGAGUCUCCCGUUACCGAUGACGAGAAAGAAGACAAAGCUGACAAAAAUGCUAAAAGGGAGAAAGAACGAGGACUUGAUAAACUAAACAAAGGGCAAAAAUCACCUCAGGAGCGAGAAAAGCUGCUGGAGAGGAUCCAGCAUAUGAGAAAGGAGAGGAAGGUUUACAGUCGAUUUGAGAUGACAACUUAAAUGGGAUCCAAAGAAAAAUGAGAUAUUAAAAGGAUGUGUAGAAGGAAGUGAAAUUAAAUAAAUAAAAAGCUGGCAAAGAUAUUUGUUGGAAAUGGGAUUUCUCUUCUGGGUUGUAUGGAAAACAAGGCUUAUCAUGCACAGAAGAGUCAGGGAACGUGUACUGAUGCGUGAAUUUAGACAAUAUGCAAGUUAUUGCAAAGCCGUUGUCCCAAUUACGUGUGAGGUGUUCAACAACAAGCUUCUUACUGUGGCUGAAUCAUCAAGUUGCUCCCAGUAUGAACUGAGAGCAUGUGUGCAGGAUCGAACAUGUUUUUACUGACUGCAGGGUAACGUGCAAUGUGUCAAACCAAGUUUCUGUGAAGAGGCCUUAUUGCUGUAAUUUUUUACAACACUGACAGCAGCGUCAGCUAGUUUUAUGACGAGAUGUUAGAGAACUGAUAAUCUACAGUGGUCAGAUUUUGUAAAGCUGUAAUAUACUAUAGUUUGUAUUAUAAUGGUUCACCUUCAUCUUAAAAAGAUGAUAAUUACAUAUAUUUGGAAGUAAGUGGAUCUGUGGAUCAUGCUGGCGUAAAUGAACUGUAACGUUUUUCAUCCUAAACAUGCAACCGAAAGCAAGGAAAUGCACACGAUGGACUCAGACGUCGACGUGUAACACUGUGUCGUUUUGUUUUCAGCUGUUGAAAGCAGAUGUCAUUAAGGUUAAUGAUGAAUAUUCAAAGGUGCAUCAGGUUUACUUCAAAGUCUUGUUUAUAUACACCAUUCAACGCUUUUUCAUUUACACAUUUUGGGGAACAAACCCCAAAAUCCAGCAUAUGAAGCUUUUUAAGUGUUUACUUUGCCUGUGGAAAGCCAAAACUAUCCGACAGUAUGGGGUUGUAUUUUAUAAUCUGCUGAAACCAACCUUUUAUUUCUCUUUUAAACGUUUCUGUAUCCUGCAGUUUUUAAAUCAGUACUUGUUCUACGUGUCUGUUGAAACUGAUCUUGAAGCUGUGAAGAGUUUACAUAUGUAUGUAUGAGUAUGUAGAGCUGAGCAGUGACAGUGAGUUCUCACAGAUUUACAGUAUCAUACCUGUCUUCAUCACCUUUUGCUGUUUGUAAAUAAAACUUCUUAAAUAUA